AUGCCAGAAGUCACGAGCCCCAAAGAAACACUUACAGCAGCAACACAUCAAGAUCACAAGACAAUGCCUAAAGAGAAUACUGAAAUUGUAGACAUGUGUACUGAUGCAAAGUGCCUUGCCAUACUAGAAGCCUUGUACAUCAAAGAAUUCAGCCCUGAACUCAACAUACAAGCCAAAAACCUUCAGGUGUCUAGGCCUAUCUAUGAAUUGAUAAUCGGUAACGUUGAAGGGGUGAGGGACGUUCGGAACACGGACGCCGCGACCCAAACCGAAGAUCAAGUAGGUGCCGCCCUGACACGAGCCCAGGCACGAGACACACGGCCCGUGGUCCCUCUCAAGCUCACAUCACCUGACGAGCUGCUCAAUAGCGCUAACGUCACUGCCGCACAAAAGACCGAUCCCUCCCUUGCAAACAUUCGGAAGCAAGCCGCUGAGGGGGUAUCGAGGGUAAAUAAAUACGGAACGACUCGCUUCUGCCAACACAGAGGAAAGUUGUAUAGAGAAGUCGUCUCCGACCUCGGUGAGACUCGGUCGCAAUUCGUGGUGCCUGCACAGUACCGCCACGCGGUGAUGGAGAUGGGGCACUGCGCGGCCUUGGGUGGUCACAUGGGGCGACAGAAAACACAAGACCGCAUUAGUCACACAUUUUUCUGGCCUGGCGUGAUGGCCGAUAUCGCGAGAUUCGUGAGAUCCUGUGACGUGUGUCAAAAAACUGUAGACAAGGGCCGUGUGAAACCUGCGCCGCUAAGACCCAUGCCCCUUAUAUCCGAACCAUUUGAGAGGGUAGCCGUAGAUAUUGUUGGGCCGAUCACGCCACGCGCGACUGACGGAUCAAAAUAUCUACUCACGUGUGUGGACUUCAGCACCCGUUGGCCUGAAGCAGUACCUCUGAAAAAUAUAGAGGCCACCACGGUGGCUGAAGCGCUGGUAGGGAUAUUCUGCCGUGUGGGCAUUCCCAAGGAGGUGCUGAGUGACCGAGGCACUCAGUUUACGUCUGCCAUGAUGGACGAGACGUUUAGGAUUCUUUCUGUGAAGGGCCUUAACACGACACCCUGGCAUCCCAUGGGUAACGGUCUGUGUGAAAGGUUCAACGGCACACUGAAAAAAAUGCUCAAGCGGCAGGCCGCCGAGCAACCCAAGGAAUGGCCGAGAUUUGUGGCUCCUCUCCUGUUCGCAUACAGGGAAGCACCGCAGAGUACUCUGAAGUUCUCGCCUUUCGAGCUACUCUAUGGGAGAGCAGUGCGCGGUCCACUCCAAGUGCUGAGAGAGCUAUGGGACGAGGACGUGCCAAGUCCGGAGGUACGUACGACAUACGAGUAUGUUAUAAACCUGGCUGGCAGACUUAGGGAAACCUGUCGUAUGGCCAAGGAAGAACUCCUGAAGGCCCAGGAGGUACAAAAGGCCCAUUAUGAUCGCAAUGCGCGACUACGCACCCUGCAGCCUGGCCAGGAGUGCUUAGUACUCCUACCCACUGCUCAUAAUAAGUUGCUGGCGCAGUGGAAGGGGCCUUAUGAGGUCCUAGAGCGCGUCUCCGACUUAAAUUAUGUAGUAUUGAUUGAUGGGAAACGGAAACGUCUUCACAUUAACAUGCUUAAAGAGUAUCACGCGCCUACCAUCUCUGGUAGCGCUGGCGCUCAGGAACCAGCAUAUGCUGAGGAUAGGGCCACCUGUUUGAAAGCCGUGCGUGAUAUUUUUUCCCUUUCAACAGCUGCGAAGGAGGAAGGUGAGAUCAAAUGUAGUGCAGCUGUGAUUCACGAUGCAGAGGACAUAGGAGACGGUCCUCUCACUGUACAAAAGCGUCAGACGGAGACCGUAGAUGACGUCACAUUAUCUGAAAGGCUAACACCUGAGGAAGUAUCGAUAAUAAAGGAUCUUCUAGGUGAAUACGCGGAGGUCUUUUCUGACAAGCCUCGCGUGGCACGGGUGUCGCCACACAAGAUCACCCUAACGAACCGAAAGCCAGUGAAGGUGAAACCCUAUCAGGUCCCUCUGCAGCUUAGGGACGCUGUGGCUGAGGAAAUACAAGAAAUGGAGGACUUAGGCAUUAUCGAGAGAUCCGAUUCUCCGUACUGUAGUCCUAUGGUCGUCGUACGCAAGAAAGACGAUAGUGUUAGGAUCUGCGGUGACUUCCGAAGGAUUAACGCAGUAACACAAAUAGACGCAGAGCCCAUGUUCGACCAACAGGAGAUAUUUAGUCGGCUGUCACACUCGAGGGUGUUUAGCAAACUGGACCUCACGAAAGGAUUCUUUCAGAUCCCGCUUGACCCCGAGUCAAGGAAAAUAACGGCUUUUGCCACCCCUAGCGGCCUCUAUCAAUAUCGGGUCCUUCCUUUCGGCCUUGCCAAUUCUCCCGCGGUCUUCAACCGCCGAAUAAGACAGGUACUAGGUGACCUGAAUGGGGUCGAGGUUUUCGUAGAUGACGUACUGAUUCAUUCUACGGAUUUGGAGGACCACGUAAGACUGUUACGUAUGGUCCUUGAUAAACUCAGAGAUGCCAACAUGACGGUUAAGCCGAGCAAGUGUGAGUUGGCCAAGGCAGAUGUCGAAUUCCUAGGCCACAAGGUGAGUCAAGGACAGUGCCUCUGCUUGGAGGACAAGGUUCAGAAAAUAAAGGAAGCUCCUGUUCCCCACACCAAAAGACAGGAGAAGGACGGCGACAUCUUCCCCGUGGCCUAUCACAGCAGGAAGCUCAAACCGGCAGAGAAGAACUACAGCACGGUAGAACGUGAACUACUCGCCGUAGUAGAUGGAAUAAAGAAAUUCUACUUCUACUUAUACGGGGAUGAGUUUGUAUUGCAGACAGACCACAUGCCCCUGGAGUCACUGCGUACCUCUAAGAAUGCAAACUCCCGAAUAAUGAGAUGGGCUCUGUAUUUGCAACAAUUUCAGAUGCGAGUUCAGUACAUCCGUGGCCGAGACAAUGUCGGGGCCGACCACCAGGUGUCCCUACUUUGUGGGGUACCUGCACAUAAUCACCCCAGUUUCGCCCCUAGCAGCAGCAUCCUUAGGGAGGACGCCUUGGGUGCCUGGAGAGGAAGAAGGGGCUCUGAGGCCAAUCCUGACCUGAAGGCCGUUCAGAACACGCUCGUGUCUCCCAGAGAGGGGUGA